UGAGCUUUGCAACCAUUCACACCGGGAUUCAUUAACCAUGACUGUGAAUACAUAGAAGCGAUCAAAGCAGUCAAUCUUUGGGCAUUUUUCAGGUAUUUGAGGUAUUUAUUUUCUGCUAUGCUACUUUCAUAUGCAGUCCACAGACCUCACAAUGUCUGGGAAUCAUGCUCGGAGGUGAUGAUCGAAGAUUACAUGUACCACCUUUCGACAUGUUCAAACCAUGCAAACAGAGAGCAUAAUAUAGAGAACUCCAAGAAUAAACGUCGCUCAGAUGUUGAAAAAAUAUUACCAAGGAACGGAAAAAGUCUUGCAAAUUUUGAAGGUAUGCCGAAACCGGAUACAACAUAUGUGAGUUAUGAUGAAAAUGCACUUAUGAAUGAAGAGAUGGAAUACGAUAGAGAAGACUUAGCACGACAGCUAUCGCAUCUCAUUGACCAAUUAAGAGAUGAUCAAAAAC